UUGAUACGCUCGUCGAGCUUCGGGGUUAACGGCAAGAUGACAGCCUUUGGUGGGUUUUCACCUGGUGGGAGAGAUCUGGCUUAUUACUGCUACUGCGUCACUACAAAGGGCAGGCAAAUUGCCAAUCAACGUUUCCAGGAGUACGCAAAAGAAGAUCUACUUUUCGAUGCUGGCUGCGUUGAAAGGCUGGCUGUGUUUCAUCAACUCAACCUGACGUUAAAGGAAGAGGGAAAAAAUGAACUUACGCUUCAGCAGUUAUUUGAUUCAUUGAAAGAAAGAAUCGCACUUGUUUCUGCCAAUGUUGGUGCUGGGAAGACCACCCUACUCAUGUACCUAAUGCUUAAAUUUUCUGGUCCUCAGUCUGACGUCCCAAACUAUCUCCAAUGCUUUGAAAUCAUCGUGUUCAUUCAGUGCAGGGACAGACAUAAUAGAAAUUUGGAGGAAGUUGUCAAAUGGCAUUUUGGAGUUUCGUGCGCGGACAUGACAGCAGAAGAUAUUUUGCGAACUCUCCAGCAUCUCCGCGUGCUGUUCCUGGUUGAUGGAUUCGAUGAAUACAACGAAGUGUCGUUGGCUGUGUUGCAACAGCUGUUGGAUAAAACAUGGCACCAGCACUCCCGCAUUCUCAUUACGACUUGUCCUUGGGCUGUCAAAGAUCUCAAGAACUUGUUGAGAAAGAAAUGCAAGGUUUCUGAGGAGUGCAAGAUCUUGCCAAUCACAGAGCUAGGAAAGCAGCUGGAUUUUAUCGAAAAAUAUAGAUUCCAUCUGACCAAGUGCAGUGAUGCCGCACUAGCGAUGCGUGAACUGUUUUCCAAUCUAGACCCGGAUGUGCAAUCAUUAUUCACAGAACCAAUUCUUUUGCUGUACUUCUGCUCUAUUUUUAAAGAAACUCCAGAAAAAAAAGAUAAAUUUAGAAGCUCGAGCGAUAUGUUAAUGGACAGAUUUACGCUUCAAAAGAUCGUCUUGAAAACAAAGCUGAGCGAUAUCGGUGUCACUGAUCCAGACAUUCUCAUUGAAAAACUUUUGAGAGUCAUUGGCAAGUGGGCGUUGGAGUUCCUUGCCUGCAAUCAUGUUACCUUCACCUCCGCCGAAAUCUUAAUCUUGAAGGAACAUUGCUGCGACAAGAUAAAAGUUAACACUUCGAAUAUUGAAGUAGCUACUGAAGUGCUUAUCAACACCAUGCUUGUAGUGGAGAAAUCGCGGUCAGGAAGCAAGGACACGACUUAUUCUUUCCCGCAUAAGUCCGUCCAAGAAACUGCGGCAGCAAACUAUGUUGCUAGGCAGAUGAUGCUCACUGAAGAUACUCUUCAAGAGAUCCUGGGAGUGGAGUCAACGGAGAAUGAAAGGCUGCGGGAGGUGCUGCUGCAUGUGGUGGCGGCCCUCAGCAGGGACAGCCCCCGCCACCUCACGCGGCGGUGGGGGGAGCUGAAGGAGGCCCUGAGGGAGGCCCGCGUCACCGCCGCUGAUGUGAUGGACUGCGUCGCGCGCUGCCCCGACCACGCGGAGGCGGUGGCCGAGCUCGCCGCCCUAACGGAGGACGAGGAAUGGCACGUCAGGAACGCAUCCGGUCCUCUCCUCAGCUCUCGCAGAAACCCGUCCUCCGUGAGAAGACGAGCUGAUGCCGAAGUCCCCAGAUCGUCCCCACAUCUCAAGGCCACCAUCUCAGAGUAA